AUUAUUCGCCAGUCCGUUGAACAGCGCGCCACGCGAGCUCCCUUCGAAAGUGUUCCGAAAUCACUUACACAAGUUGGUACAUUUUUAUUCUACCCGCCGCGACCAGUUUACAAAUAUCGAGUGCGCUUCCGUCUGUCUGUUUGAUGAACCGCAUUUUUGUUGGGUCAAUAACAGUUCUUGGAUAAAACGAUUAGACGCUGUCUCACACUAAAUAGUUUAAAAGUGAAAUAACACAUAGGUCUUCAGUGCAGGGUGUGUGUGCAUAUUUUUAUAUGCUCAAGUCCAUUACCGUAAACUUAUUUGUGUGAUCUACGGUGGGAACGAAGAACAAAUAUUGGCCGGGUUCGUCGCCGGCUUUAGGGGCGGCACUACCGGUCAGGCAUCUGUUGGGUUCACUUUCUACGCGGAGAAAAGUCAAACAAGGAGUACCGGAAAAGUGAAACUGACUGGUGUUUGCUUUUUGCUGUUUGUACGCACAUGUGGUAACAAUUUGGCGAAGAAAUUUUGGUGAUAUGCUUUAGGCUUGGCGGCUGACUGAAUAGUGGAAAUAGUUUUCUAAAUUUUUAUUCACGGCUAUCAACCUAACUCAAAAUGUCAAAUCAAACCGAUAGUAUCCCUUUCUACGACGUCUUCGGAUAUUACGAGUGGACUCUCACACUGGCAGAUCCUCGGACGAAAGGGUGGCUACUAGUGGAUUCACCUGUGCCAACCCUGCUGUGCGUGUGUGCUUACCUUGCCGUGGUUCGGAUCGGCCCAAAAUUAAUGCAAGAUCGGAAGCCUUUUGACCUUAGUUCGAUACUCAUACCGUAUAACCUAGUGAUGGCGCUACUAAAUCUGUAUAUUUGUCUUCAACUGUUCGUCGGUUCCAUACAGUUGAGGUAUAGCUAUAUUUGUGAGCCAUGCAGACAGAGCUUUAGUGGUCCAGAAAUGAGGAUUGUUGGAGCUGUUUGGUGGUAUUAUUUCUCCAAAGUGUUGGAGUUUACAGAUACAUUCUUCUUCAUUCUACGCAAAAAGGACAACCAGUUGACGUUCCUUCAUGUAUAUCAUCAUAGCACCAUGUUCUCGUUCUGGUGGAUCGGUGUUAAAUGGGUACCCAGUGGUAGCACCUUCUUACCUGCUAUGGUCAACUCAGCUAUUCACGUUCUAAUGUACACGUACUACGGAGUAUCUGCUCUUGGACCUCACAUGAACAAAUAUCUAUGGUGGAAGAAGUACCUCACCAUGCUACAAUUGAUUCAGUUUACCUUUGCCAUGCUCCUCGGAAUCAACGGUAUCCUCACCGGUUGUGAGUUCCCCCUGUGGAUGCACUACACCCUGAUAGGUUACAUGAUUUCCUUCAUUGUUCUGUUUGGAAAUUUCUACGCGCAGGCCUAUCUCAAGGGGCAUCCCAUCAAGCAGUUUGAAAUUAAUGCCAACUGUUUAGAUCUAACAUCGAAGAACAAAGUGGAAUAGUGUUGGAAUAUGUAGUAGAUUAUUCCGAUUACCAAAUAGUAACUAAUCGUAUACAUACAGUAUAAGCUAAGUGGAGGAUGGAUUGUUUUCACAAGUUUACAAAUUGAAAGCAUAUUUUCGAAAUGGUAAUACACGUGCUAUAGCAAAAGCGAAAAAUAUAUGUUUAUGUUAAACAGAAAGCGGAAAAUAAAACACUGAAAAAUAAAAAGAAUACAUACUGAAUAGAAAACUAGCGAAUACGCACGAUUUGUUUCAGGUGUUUAUUAUUCAGAUACUUAACUUUUUACGGUUUACAAUUGAAUCUAGGGCUAACCAUUUAGAACUUGAUAUGAUCCCCAACUUAAUAGCACCAAUCGAUGGGGUUCUCUUAAUUUUGAGGCUUGGGACUCCGCGUCACUAUUUUGGUAUUAGGAUGUAAAGGAAAAUAAUUUCUUAUACUGAUCAAUCCGUUGCGAUCAAUCUGUAGAGGUUGAAAAAUAGAUCCGCAUACUAAACGUUCUCUUUAAGGACCCUCUAAGCGCUCUUUCGUAAAAAUGCUUACGAACCCUACGCCAUCGACUACACUAAAUCUUUACGCUCUCUUGCUUGAAAUGGAGUGCGAUUCUAAUGAUCCUUUUGAGGGUCUGUGUCUAGAACUAUACGAAAAAGAAGAAUUUUUUCCCACCUUAAAUUUCUUGUUAAGAAUAGAACGUUUUCC